AUGCAAAGACUGACCAACAAUUUACAUUUCAACAUACAAAUUUUAUCAGUUAGAUCUAGCAGUAUGGACCUAUCUCAAAACAAAGGUUUGACAGGAACUCUUACACCGUCAAUAGGGAAAUUGACAAAGCUUGUGAGCCUAGUACUAACAGGUUGCAGCUUCAGUGGCCUGAUUCCAGACACAUUAGGAUCUCUAACACAGCUGGUCAAUUUAAAUCUGAAUUCUAAUAGCUUCAAUGGACCUAUACCAGCUUCCAUUGGCAAUCUUACCAAACUUGUUUUGCUGGACUUGACUGAUAACCAGCUCAAUGGAACCAUUCCAGUCUCUAAUGAAACUUCACCUGGAUUGGAUGGACUAGUUAAUGCAUUGCAUUUUCAUUUUGGAAGAAAUCAGCUUACAGGACCAGUCCCGCUUUCACUUUUCAGCUCAGGAAUGAAACUGAUACAUGUGCUUUUCGACAACAACAACUUCACUGGCAACAUCCCCAGUUCAUUAGACCAAGCGCAAAGCUUGCAGGUCAUACGCAUGGACAACAAUUCAUUUACUGGGACAGUCGAUUUGAAUUUCACUAACUUUCCAAAUAUCACUACAAUACAUUUUUCCAACAAUCAAUUGACUGGCCGUAUGCCUGACCUUACUGGCGUGAGCAGCCUGCGCUAUGUGGACAUGAGCAAUAAUAGUUUUGAAGUGUCAACUAUUCCACCAUGGUUUUCAAGCUUGCCAGCUUUGACAUCUUUAAUAAUGGAGAACACACAACUUCAGGGAUCAAUACCUGUUGAACUCUUCAGUCUUCCUCGGUUGGAGUCGGUGGUUCUAAAGAACAACCAGCUCAGUGGAGCCUUAGAUAUUGGUCCAAGCUACGGAAGCGAGCUGCAACUAAUUGAUUUGCAGAACAAUUCCAUAGAUUCUGUGGAAGCAACAGGAUACAAUAAGACAUUAUAUCUUUAUAAUAAUCCGAUUUGUGAGAACUCAGAGGAAUACAACUGCUCAGCUCCGCAAGUUCCAAGUUCUUCACCUUCCACACCAACAAACAGUUGCGAGGCCAGUUCAUCUCCACCAAUCAUUGGAACCUUAUACUUCAGAUCCUUUACCUUCUCAAACUGGAAAAACGCUAGUUACUACAGUAUUGUCAGAGACGAGUUCAUGAACUCUUUUAAAAAAUUUAAUCUUCCUGUAGACUCAAUGUCAGUGACCUUCCAGGUCGUGUCUGCGAAUGAUUACCUAGAACUGCACGUGGAAGUCUGUCCAUCUGUUAACGGUCUUCUCGACAGAACAAAUUUCUCUCUUAUCAUCUCUCAGCUCAACAACAUAAGUUUUGUCACUCUCGGACCAAUUUUUGGACCCUUCUACUACAACAACAUUAAUCCUAAUCCAGUGAAAAAUUCACCAAAUGUUGGGAUUAUCAUUGGAGCAACGGUAGGUGGAUUUAUACUUCUAGUAUUAUUAGUUAUUGCUGGAAUGUAUGCUAUCCAUCAGAGGAAGAAAGCUGUAAGAGCAACUCGACUAAACGAUCCAUUUGCAUCUUGGGAUGUAAAUGACCCCACUAGCCGUCCUCAGAUCAAUGGUGUGAGAUGUUUCCCCUUUGAAGAGCUAAAGAAAUGUACCAACAAUUUUUCAAACACCAAGAUUCUAGGGUCUGGAGGUUAUGGACAGGUCUACAAAGGAAGGCUUGAAACGGGGUUAAUAGUCGCAAUUAAAAGAGCUAUGCAGGGAUCGUUGCAGGGUCGAAAUGAGUUUAAAAGUGAGGUUGAACUGCUAUCAAGGGUUCACCAUAAAAAUGUUGUUAGUCUUGUGGGUUUCUGCUAUGAGCAAGGAGAACAGAUGCUGGUUUAUGAAUUCAUUCAGAAUGGUACUCUAAAGGAUAGUCUCUCAGGAAAAUUAGGAAUCCAGUUAAGUUGGAUAGGGAGACUGAGAAUAGCCCUUGAUUCAGCAAGAGGUUUGGCAUAUUUGCAUGAACUUGCAAAUCCAACAAUCAUACACAGGGACAUCAAAUCAAAUAAUAUCCUACUCGAUGAUAGCUUCAAUGCAAAAGUUGCUGAUUUUGGUCUAUCGAAGACUUUGGGUGGCAGUGAAAACAAUGAAAUUCUUACUGAUGUCAAAGGAACCCCAGGCUACUUGGAUCCCGAAUAUUUCAGGACGCGACAGUUAACGAAAAAGAGUGAUGUUUAUAGCUUUGGAGUGGUAAUGGCAGAAUUAAUAACUGGGCGAAGUCCGAUUCAAAGAGGGAGUUACAUUGUGAGUGAGUUGAAGAUGGCAAUGGAUAGGACAAAAAAUCUAUAUAACCUUCAUGAGAUGCUUGAUCCUGCCAUCAGUGGGAACACAACAUUAAGUGGUUUGGAGAAUUUUGUUGAUCUGGCUAUGAUGUGUGUUGAAGAUUUGGGAGCCAACAGGCCUACAAUGAGUGAGGUAGUCAAAGAGAUUGAAAACAUCCUGCAGCUAGCUGACUCUGAUGAUCUCCAGUCGGAACCAUCAGUGUUUUCUAUUAGUUUCAAUUAACCUAGAUAAUUUGAACAUUCUUGAGAGAAAUCUAUUAGUAUUAGAUUAAGAUUCUAUUUUAUUGAAAGUAGUUUUGACUAAGUCAACCGUACUUUUUCAUAAAAUAGAUCAUCUGUACUGGCUCUUUAUUUUUUUAGUCAUUGCCCAAGCCCUCUUUCCUGUUGAACUGCUUCCUCCUAUAAAUACUUGAAGGUUUGAUGCCUUCAAGCAGAAUGU